AUGUGCCCUUUUGGCGUCAUCAUUCCUGCUGCUUGCCUUGCUCUCAUCCCUUUCGAGUUGACCGAUCCUGCUCUAGUCUCCACUCAGGAUCUGCCUCAUGGGCCCAUUGGUCCAUUUCCUAUCUUUCUGCUUGACCCGCUUCUAUUGGUUCCAGCCCCAGGGUACUUUUAUUCCAGUUGCUAUUUAUCAGACCCUUUAUGGCAUGUACAAAGUCGUCUUAUCUUCAGAUCGCCUAGGCUCUGA